AUGACUUUCGCCAAACCAAUAAUCAUGUUAAUUGCCAUGGCAAUGCUACUCAAUGUUGCUAUUGCCCAGAACCCCGAUGAUAUCUGGCGCCAGAGACGUGACCAGGAGAUCCAGAUGCGUAACCAAGAGAUCCAGCAAAACAGACAGCAGCUUGACUGGUACAUCCAACAGGGUGAUCGUCGCAUCAACGAUAUCAACCAAGAGAUCAGCCGUGUCCAAGGCACCCAAAUCGAUCAGAAGGCCACACCCGCGGAACAGGCUGCCACCCGCCAGAAGAUUGACGCUACGGUUGCGUACCUCGAAGCAUCGAAGCAGCAUGUGAUGAGAGAUCAGCAGCUCCUCCGCAAUCAGAUGGACUACAACAUGAACUUCAACAACCAGGGCCCAUACAACAUGUACCGCUUCGUGCCCCAGACCUUCUACAAUGCUCACCCAUACCAUGUCCACUACCCACAGGGUCCAGUCAUUGUCCAGGCUCCACGUCCAGUCUACUACCAUCCACAGGUCUAUGAUCCACAGCCAACCUACGCACCACAUGGUAUCAGAGUGAACCAGCAGGCAUUGUCCCAGGAGAACCUCAACUAUCAGAGAAACCAACAGUUUGUCUCCAACAUCCAGUACUAA